AUGAAAGCAAACAGUUUCAUUUGCCAAAUAUUAUUUUGUGUUUUGGUUUCUUUAACCACUUCACAAGCUCUUGGUCUCCAUGAGAAGCAAGACCAAAUUUAUGAUGAGAAAAAAAAUGGAAUGAUGGUUCCAAAGCAUCACCAUAAAAUCUCUGAUCUUGAACAGAUUGGAAAAUUAAGGGAACUAGGUUCUUUGAAGAAGGACACUGGCAAGAAGUUUGAGGAAAUUGUAAAAAAAGUGAAAUCAAGAACUAAAAACAGUUUCGAAGAUAUUAAAUAUGUGAUCAGCCAAGAGCAAGAGUCGCAAGCCAAUGAAAGCACCCGUGCUCAUCCAUCUGAUGCAUUUGAAAGGGAGGCAGUUGACCCCCUUUGUACCAAAGCACAACAUGACAUCAACAAUUCGGGGGAUUUUGCAUAUUUGACUCGUACAUGUGCUCAUGUCUCAGGCGAUAUUUUCAUCAAUGAAUAUAAUGACGCUGUUUUAGACUUUGGGACUCUUAGUUCGAUUGGGGGCAGCUUGAAAGUUGCAAAUGUCUCAAACUUAGUUAGAAUUGAUGCCCCAAUAUUGACAAGUAUCAGGAGCAGCUUCAGCUUAAAUGAGUUGACUUCUUUGACUUCUAUAAAUUUCUCUUAUUUGAAAUCAGUUGAUAGUAUUGAGUGGAAAAUAUUGCCUAUAUUGAGCUCUAUUGGCUUUGAUGCUGGAUUAGAUCAAGUCAAAAAUAUUUUAAUUUCUGAUACUUCGCUUGUUGGCUUUAGCUUGAAAAAUAAGGUUAAAGAUUUAGACUCUUUAAACUUAAAUAACAAUAGAUUUUUGGAAAGUAUUAGUGCCGAUAUUGAGACAAUCACCAACGGGUUAACAAUUGCAGCCAAUGCUAGAAAUUCUGUCGUUUCAUUUCCAUUUUUAGAGAAAGUCAGCAGUUUAACCAUUAGAGAUGUUAGCAACAUCGAUUUACCAAAGAUCAAAGAAAUAACUGGAUCUGCGAAGUUUUACGAGAACUCCUUUCAACGCUUGAAAUUACCAAAUUUAACAUCUAUUGGUGGUACUCUCAGUAUUAUACAGAAUAGAAAUUUGAACGAAGCUGAUUUUGGAAAUGUUAAUGCUGUUGAUGGUGGUUUAAUGAUAAGUAAUAAUACUAAUAUGGAAAAAAUCAAUUACUUUGGUAAGCUAAAGUCCAUUGGUGGAGGCAUUCAGUUUAUUGGUAAUUUUAGGGAAGCAAGUUUCCCUAAGCUUGAACUUGUUAAAGGAAGUGCUAUGAUCAAAACUACUUCUGGUGCUUUAGAUUGCAGUAAGUGGACAGAUACUGAUCAUUUAAUUAUUCGUGGUGGUAAUAUUGUUUGUGCUUCAGGUGACAAAAAGGAAGUUUUACAUUACGACUCCAAUGACAUUAAGGGUACUCUAAGCAAGUCAAAGACUAUUGAAGAUUCAGAAACUGAGAAUGAAAAUUUUGCAAACAUUUUUACUUCAAGUUAUGGAUUGACUUUUGCUGGGUUGCUUGUUCUGCUUUUAUAA